GGGCGGGGUUAAAGGGCCGGGCCGGACCGCGCCGUCAAAGCCGAGGUUGCAGCACCGGCAGAUCAAGAUCCAGGCUGGAGCACACGGCCCGCGGGGAGCUGACCCUCAGAGAAGGACCGAAUGCUGGGGACUCUUCUGGACCACUGAGGGACGGCGGGCCUUAGAACGGAGAGCAGGAUGCUGCCCGUCACUCACCACCUGCUGGACCUGCUGGGCCUGGAGAAGACGGCCUUCCGCGCCUGCGCCGUGUCCGCCCUGCUCCUCGCGCUGCUCUUUUCCCUCUUCCGCGGGCUGCUGGGCUUCCUGCAGCUGUGCUGGGCCUUCCGCCGCACCUGCCGCCGCCUGCGCUGCUUCCGCCAGCCGCAGCGCUGCCACUGGCUGCUGGGCCACCUGGGCAUGUACCUUCCAAACGAAAAAGGCCUUCAAGAUGAGAAGAAGGUGCUGGAUGAAAUACACGAUGUGAUCCUGGUGUGGGCCGGGCCCGUCCUGCCAGUGUUGGUUCUGGUGCACCCCGAUUACAUCAAGCCUGUUCUCAGUGCCUCAGCGGCCGUGGCCCCCAAGGAUGAAUUUUUCUACAGUUUCCUGAAGCCCUGGCUGGGGGAUGGGCUGCUGCUCAGCAAGGGGGACAAGUGGAGCCGGCACCGGCGCCUGCUGACGCCCGCCUUCCACUUCGACAUCCUGAAGCCCUACAUGAAGAUCUUCAACCAGUGCACCCACACCAUGCACAGCAAGUGGCGUCGGCAGCUGGGGCAGAAGCCGGUGGCCUCCUUCGACAUGUUCGAGCACGUCAGCCUCAUGACCCUGGACAGCCUCCAGAAAUGCGUGUUCAGUUACAACAGCGACUGCCAGGAGAAGAUGAGCGAUUACAUCUCGGCCAUCAUCGAGCUGAGCGCCCUGGUCGUGCGGCGCCAGUACCGCCUGCACCACUACCUCGAGGCCCUGUACUACCUCUCGGCCGACGGGCGGCGCUUCCGCCGCGCCUGCGCCGUGGUGCAUCGCUUCACCACCGAGGUCAUCCAGGAGCGGCGGAGGGCGCUGAGCCGGCAGGGCGCGGAGGGCUGGCUGAAGGCCAAGCAGGGCAGGACCCUGGACUUCAUCGACGUGCUGCUGCUGGCCAGGGAUGAAGACGGAAACGAGCUGUCAGAUGAGGACAUCCGCGCUGAGGCGGACACCUUCAUGUUCGAGGGUCACGACACAACCUCCAGUGGGCUGUCCUGGGUGCUGUUCAACUUGGCCAAGUACCCGGAGUACCAGGAGAAGUGCCGGGAGGAGAUCCAGGAAAUCAUGAAAGGCCGGGAGCUGGAGGAGCUGGAGUGGGACGACCUGACCCAGUUACCCUUCACCACCAUGUGCAUCAAAGAAAGCCUGCGCCAGUUCCCGCCGGUCACCCUGGUCUCUCGACGCUGCACGCAGGACAUCGCGCUGCCGGAUGGGCGCGUCAUCCCCAAAGGAAUCAUCUGCAUGAUCAACAUCUACGGGACCCACCACAAUCCCACGGUGUGGCCAGACGCCAAGGUGUACAACCCAUACCGCUUUGACCCAGUCAACCCACAGCAGCGCUCCCCGCUGGCUUAUGUGCCUUUUUCUGCAGGACCCAGGAACUGCAUCGGACAGAGCUUCGCCAUGGCGGAGAUGCGUGUCGCCGUGGCGCUCACGCUGCUGCGCUUCCGCCUGAGCGUGGACCGAACGCGCAAGGUGCGGAGGAAGCCGGAGCUCAUCCUGCGCACGGAGAACGGCAUCUGGCUCAACGUGGAGCCGCUUCCUCGGCAGGGAGCCCAGGCCCCGCCCCUGAGAGCCCAUGCCCCGCCCCCACGGAACUGAGGGCACAGGCCUUGUCCCUGGAAGUCCUGCUGGCUGGAGGAACAGGGCCCUUGCUGAGCCACCUGCGGUGCUAGCCACGCCCCUCAAGGCAAAGCUCCGCCCCUGACCUCCAAUGGGAAGGACCAAGUCCGGCUCCGCCCCCUCGGAGUCCGCCAAUCGAAGUCCUCAGGGCACGCUCCAGCCGAGCCGACUCCCAGGCUCCGCCCACUGGCCUUCCAAGGCUUAAGCCCCGCCUCUUGGACUCAAGCCCCGCCCCUCCCUGCUGGCUGCACUGAGCCUGGCUUUCAAUGGAAGACUUGGAAGCUGGAACUGAGGUCAGCCGCGCCCCUGGACAUUGCCCUGCGCGGGCCUCCGCCUCACAAGGACAGACUUCGGGCACCGUCCCCUGGCUUUUGUAGCUGUUUUGAAGCCUCUCGAGCCUCUUUCCACCAGCCCUGCUCACGGACUCUUGCCGAGUGUGCUGAUCCUGCCAGAGUGAAAGUGUCCAUCGCCAACGCAGGCCCAGCGGGCACUCCAGGGAGACGGGAGGCCGGGACGCCGUUUGUACCAGGACAUAAACUCCGAUGUUUUGGGAAAGUUUGCGCCUUCGUUUAUUUUGUCAGUAUAUUCAUUAAAUAUUUACCAGCGGA